ACAUGCAGAGAGAGCCACGGCGGCGUAUUUAUCACAGCUUUCUGGUUCACAACUGCAGCUUUCCACAGGAAGGCCCAAUAGGGUUAGGGUUCAAUCUCUUCAUUUCACUUACAGCAUUAAGCUGUAUUACACUGAUUUACCCAUUUAUACAGCUGGGUAAUUUCUACUGUGUCAGUUAAGGGUAAUUAACUUGAUUAGGGGUCCUAAAGCAGGAGGUGGGAUUCAAACCCAGGACCUUUGAGUAGCAGCCCUAACCACUACCUCAUCUGCUGCCGGGGUUCCCAAUCGUCCCGACUAUAAAUAACACGGAAUCGUUCCGUAUAAUAAUUUAAGGGAUAAGAGUUGCGUUCCGUAUUAAAACCAUUCGGAACGCGGUUUGUCCCGUAUUUUAACCUUUCACACCCAGAGACAUUUAAAAGUAUUCAUUACAUAUAUUUACUGCAUAAAUAAACUUAGCAAUUCGCACAGAAGUGUUAAAAGAAGAUUAUAAAAACAUCGUAAAAAAUGGAUGCGAAACAGCUGUAGUGCGAGUCCGACGGUCAUUGGUCGUUGCUAAGUUACCCGGAUGCUACAUUUGACAGAGGGGGGAGGGUUAAGGGUCAAGGGGGAACCCCCCCCCCCCCGCGAGAGGGACAGGGGGUUUGACCCACCUCAUCAGAGUGACACCAGAACCGUCUACAUCGCCAACAGGUUCCCUCAACACGGACACUACGUCCCCCAGAAGUUCGCCGACAACAGGAUUAUAUCGUCCAAAUACACCAUCUGGAAUUUCAUCCCCAAGAACUUGUUUGAGCAGUUCCGGAGGAUAGCCAAUUUCUAUUUCCUCAUCAUAUUCCUCGUCCAGCUCAUGAUCGACACCCCCACUUCUCCUGUGACCAGUGGACUUCCUCUGUUCUUCGUCAUCACCGUAACGGCCAUAAAGCAGGGCUACGAGGACUGGCUGCGGCACAAAGCCGACAAUGAGGUCAACGGGGCGCCCGUGUUCGUGGUGCGCAGCGGCAGCCUGGUGCAGACCAGGUCCAAGAACGUUCGGGUGGGGGACAUCGUGAGAGUGGCCAAAGAUGAGACGUUCCCGGCCGAUCUGGUCCUCCUGUCGUCCGACAGGGCGGAGGGCACAUGCCACAUCACCACAGCCAGCCUAGACGGGGAAACCAAUCUGAAGACCCACUUUGCCGUCCCAGAGACGGCCGUGUCCCAGACCGUGUCCAAGCUGGAGUCCCUGCAAGCUGUGGUAGAGUGUCAGCAGCCCGAGGCGGACCUGUACAGGUUUGUUGGACGGAUAACCGUAUCGCUCCAGGGGGAGGAGAUUGUGAGACCCUUAGGGCCAGAGAACCUCCUGCUUCGAGGCGCAAGGCUGAAAAACACCAAGGAAAUUUUCGGAGUGGCGGUGUACACUGGGAUGGAGUCAAAGAUGGCACUGAACUACAAGUGCAAGUCCCAGAAACGCUCCGCCGUGGAGAAGUCAAUGAACACGUUUCUGAUCAUUUACCUGGGCAUCCUGCUGCUGGAGGCUGUGCUCAGCACCAUCCUGAAGUACGCCUGGCAGUCGGAGCGCAAGUGGGAUGAGCCCUUCUACAACGAGAAGACGGAGCAAGAGAAGAACAGCAGCAAGAUCUUGCAGUUUAUAUCUGAUUUCCUUGCUUUCCUGGUGCUCUACAACUUCAUCAUCCCUAUUUCUCUGUAUGUGACGGUGGAGAUGCAGAAGUUCUUGGGCUCUUUUUUCAUUGGUUGGGACCUGGACCUCUACCAUGUGGAGAGUGACCAGAAAGCCCAGGUCAACACCUCCGAUCUCAAUGAGGAGCUGGGACAGGUGGAGUACGUGUUCACAGAUAAAACCGGCACACUGACGGAGAACGAGAUGCAGUUUCGAGAGUGCUCCAUCAACGGCGUCAAGUUCCAAGAGAUCAACGGGAAGCUGGUGCCGGAGGGGGUGACGGAUGACUCGCCCGACGGCUACAUGCCUCAUCUCACUGGGGAGGAGGAGCUCUUCCUGAAGGCUGUGUCACUGUGCCACACGGUGCAGAUCAACUAUGACCAAACAGAUGGCCCACGGGACACUUUCCUGCAGGCCAACGGCGUCUCAGACCCAGUGGAGUACUACGCCUCAUCUCCAGACGAGAAGGCUUUGGUAGAGGCCACAAGGAGGAUGGGUGUGACCUUCGUAGGAAACAAUGGGGAAAACAUGGAGAUCAAGACUUUUGGAAGAUCAGAGAAGUACAAACUGCUUCAUGUUUUAGAGUUUGAUGCGAACAGGAGGAGAAUGAGUGUCAUACUGCAAACCCCAUCAGGUGAAAAGGUGCUGUUCACAAAAGGAGCCGAAUCGUCAAUUUUUCCUCAUGCCAGAAGUGGAGAAGUGGAUAAGACGAGAGUCCACGUGGAUGAGUUUGCCCUGAAAGGCCUGCGGACCCUGGUGGUGGCAUGUCGGCGGUUCAGCGCAGGGGAGUACGAGGAGGUGGACCGACGGCUCCAUGAGGCGCGCACUGCUCUCCAGCAGCGAGAGGAGAGACUGGCUGAGGUCUUCAGCUUCAUCGAGAGGGACCUGGAACUGCUAGGGGCCACAGGAGUGGAGGACAGGCUGCAGGAGAAGGUCCAGGAGACUAUUGAGGCCUUGCGCUUGGCAGGCAUCAAGGUUUGGGUGCUGACCGGUGACAAGCAUGAGACGGCGGUGAGCGUGAGCCUCUCCUGCGGACACUUCCACAGGACCAUGAACAUCUUGGAGCUGGUGCAGCAGAAGUCGGACAGCGAGUGCGCCGAGCAGCUGAGACGGUUGGCCAGGAGAAUCCGAGAGGACCACGUGAUCCAGCACGGCCUGGUCGUGGACGGGACCAGCCUGUCGCUGGCGCUCCGGCAGCACGAGCGCCUCUUCAUGGAAGUGUGCCGCAGCUGCUCGGCAGUCCUGUGCUGCCGCAUGGCGCCCCUGCAGAAGGCCAAGGUGGUCCGACUGAUAAAGACUUCCCCCGAGAAGCCCAUCACCUUGGCCAUCGGAGAUGGCGCCAAUGAUGUCAGCAUGAUUCAGGAAGCCAAUGUUGGCAUUGGCAUCAUGGGCAAAGAGGGAAGACAAGCUGUGCGAAACAGUGACUAUGCAAUAGCAAGGUUUAAGUUCCUUGCCAAAUUACUUCUAGUCCACGGCCACUUCUACUAUAUUAGAAUAGCAACCCUUGUACAGUACUUUUUCUACAAGAAUGUCUGUUUUAUCACCCCCCAGUUUUUAUACCAGUUCUUCUGUCUGUUUUCACAACAAACGCUGUACGACAGUGUGUACCUCACCCUGUACAACAUCUGCUUCACCUCCCUGCCUGUCCUGGUCUACAGCCUCUUCGAGCAGCUCGUCCAUCCACACGUGCUGCAGAGCAAGCCGGCCCUCUACAGAGACAUCAGUAAGAACGCCCUGCUCUCCUUCAAGCCCUUCCUGUACUGGACGCUGCAGGGCUUCAGCCAUGCCUUUGUGUUCUUCUUUGGAUCCUACAUCCUGAUGGGCGAGGACACCUCUCUGAUGGGCAACGGACAGAUUUUGAAAGCUAACAGGCAACUGAUGUUUGGAAACUGGACGUUUGGCACGUUGGUCUUCACCGUCAUGGUCAUCACAGUCACACUAAAGCUGGCCUUGGAGACCCACUACUGGACGUGGAUGAACCACUUUGUGACAUGGGGCUCCAUCGCCUUUUACUUCAUCUUCUCCCUCUUUUACGGGGGAAUCAUCUGGCCCUUCCUGCACACGCAGGACAUGUACUUCGUCUUCGUCCAGCUGCUGUCCAGCGGCUCGGCCUGGUUCGCCAUCAUCAUCGUGGUCGUCACGUGCCUCUUCCCUGACGUCGUUAAGAAGGUCCUCUACAGGCACCUGCGUCCCACCAGCACUCAGAAGUCCCAGAUGUACACCAACAGGGUUGCUAUAGGUGACGACUUCAUCGCUCUGCAGCCCCUGUCCAGAGCCAAGAGUCAGCUGGGCAGAAUUAGAUGGAAGAGGAAAAGGGUUCAGUCAGCUCAGGAUGUGACUCUGCUGAAAGCAGGCACAGAGGGGAGGAUUUCUGGCAACUCCUAACCGCUUGUCCCCCCCGGGCCCGCACGGGGCAGGCCUGUUGACCGCUAGGUAGUACCCCACCCCCACCCUUCAUCCGUCCCCCUUCCAGCACAUGCCGCCAAACCGCAGGCGAGGCCCAUGCGUGUCUGCGUAGCAGUCCAUCCGCUGAACUGCCACCCAUCUUUCCUGCCCACCAGGGGGCACCGGUCUGUCAGGUUCCGUGUCCAACCACCCCCUGCCCCCUUGGUCCCUUGGUCCUGUCUGCGUCCAGUGGCAGUGCGCCUAGUGUUACAGGCCUUCCCACAUUCUGUUUAUUGUCCUUCACUCCUGUCUGUCCUUUCCCACAUCCGCAUUUGUGCUUCUCUUUCUCCAGAAGGUGACGAAGUUGACGUCCCGAGAUCUUUGUGCUCAUCGUAAAACUGAAUAUUUACAACAGUUGCUCCUUUUCUUCUUUAAAUAACAUGAUAGAUGAAAUAUAUAUAGCACCGCAGGGUUUGUAAAACACAACAUGACACUAUAAAGGGGCUCUGUGUUUACAUUUCCUUUCCCUUUUUAUGUUACCAGUAAAGGCUCUAAAUCACUUCCAGUAUUGAAAGUUUUUACAUCAUUGUUACAAUUUGGGUUGUACUACAGUUUGUAAUAUUUUUAAAAAAACAGCAUACAUGCAUUGGACUGUCCGGUCACUCCAGUAUUUGGUCACCCAAGGUCCAGUCAAUAGGGAUGAACUGUGUAUUCAGUGACAUACGCUGUACGGUUAUAUGUGACCGCAUAGUAGCAGACAGGGAAGUGUGUGUAAGGUAAAAACGACCUUCCUGUAUAAAUGGGUAAAUCAGUGUAACCAGCUCAGUGUACAAGCCUAAUAGCGUAGAGAAGUGUUGUAAGUUUAUAAAAAAUCUGAAAUAAUGUAAAUGACCUCAUUUUCACAUCCUGUCCAUUUUUGUACAUCUAUGAUGUCCAGCAGCCCACCAGCUCAGUCAUCAUCACAUAAUCCCUCCGUUGAAGCAGCUCGUUUGUAACAGAACUCAGUCCAAUAAAUAAUUUAAUGGUCGUCCUGGAGACAAAACGCAGUGUCCCUCCUUUGAUUUAUAUCAGCUUUCGGUUAUUCUACAUAAUUCAGAAUCCAGACACGAAAGGCAGGAGAAACACCCGGGUUGCUCUUGUUGAUUUUGAUUUCUCACCCCCCCGUGCUUCACCAUCUCAUUGUUUGUGUCAGGUGCCACCAUCACUGGACGCUUACUGCAAGAACGUAAGUGGACAUGGUGUCUGUCAUGUCACGGAAAUGGAGCACAUCGUUUGGGAAAGCCCCGACCCUUUGAGGGUUGAUGAUGUAAUGUCCUGCUUCCCCUCUGUCCCUCUCCCCCUGACUCCACCCCUCUGUCUGUGACUCCUGUUAACUCUCAAUGACUCCACCCAUCUGCCUGUGACUCCACCCCUCUCUCUCUGACUCCACCCCUCUGUCUGUGACUCCUCCUAAUGCUCAAUGACUCCACCCAUCUCCCUCUGACCCCACCUCUUUUUCUGUGAGUCGUCCUACCUCUCAAUGAUUCCACCUCUCUCAAUGACUCCACCCCUCUCUA